AAUUUUAAUAUAUGGAGUAGAAAUCAUGGCAGAAUUCUAGUCCUAAAUUCAGCUCGAUUUCCGGGGGGAUGAAGUAAUCUUUGAGUGAUCUCGUGGCAUCCCCUCCCUCUCCGGUGCUGACUCUCCUCCCGCGGCAACGGCUAUCGCCGCAUCGCUGAAUCCGCCGUUUCCGAUCUCUUUCGCAUACGGUACACUUAUUAGCAAAAUUCUCGCGAUGGAGAACGGAAGCAGCUGUUUCUUUUCCUAUGUGGGAUUCCUCAAUUUUCCGAUUUUGCUGAUAAUUGGCGCUUCUGCCUUGCUUUUGUUCCGGAUUUUGUAUGUUAUAUAUCGAAGUAGCAAACAAUUACACAAUAGACCUCAAGGACCUCUGAGUACCUUGAUAAUUCUAGGUUCAGGUGGUCACACUGCAGAGAUGCUAAACCUAUUAGGUGUUAUGCAGAUGGAAAGAUUUAAACCAAGAUGCUAUAUCGCUGCUGCCACUGAUAACAUGAGCCUUCAGAAAGCUCGUGUGAUGGAGGACACCUUGAAGAACAAGGCAGAAGCUGAUACGAUAUGCGCUUCAGAAUUUUUGCAAAUUUACCGUAGUCGCGAGGUUGGACAGUCUUACAUUACUUCAGUUGGCACAACUUUAUCUGCUUUAGCCCAUGCAUUAUGGCUGAUGAUCAAAAUCCGACCUCAAGUGAUUUUGUGCAAUGGGCCUGGGACUUGUAUACCGCUUUGUGCCAUUGCUUUUGUUUUCAAGGUUUUGGGGAUCAGGUGGUCAUCCAUUUUCUAUGUUGAGAGUAUUGCUAGAGUCAGAAGGCUAUCUUUGAGCGGGUUGCUUCUUUACAAACUACGGAUGGCUGAUCAAUUAUUCGUGCAGUGGCCACAGCUGAAGAGCAAAUACCCUCGAGCUAAUUAUGUUGGUCGUCUAAUGUAACAACUAGACGUCACCACGGUUCGGAACCGCCGGUUCCGGUUCAAAAAAUAAGUGAACCUGAACCGGCCUGGCCAAGGUUCGGCGGUUCCAGUUCCUGAACCGUGAACCGCCGGAACCGCCGUUGCAU